CAGAAUGAAUGGAAAUCUAAAGAACUCUGUGCAGUCAGGCUUGCACCCUGUUGACACUGCUUCCUCCCCAGCCUUCUUGGACAUCAAGUCAAAAGUCUUGCAACAAAAGUCUCAUAACAUAUAUGUGAUUUCGUUUAGCUUUAGUCACAAUCCAUCUUCAAAAUGACGAGGAUUUUGACAGCUUACCGAGUGGUGAAGACACUGAGAAGUGGUUUGUGCUUGACCAACGUGACCGUGCGCCGAUGGAACUACUUCAGCUCAGGCAGCCACCACCUCCCUGCCCAGACAGCACACAUUGUCCUUGAAGAUGGAACGAAGAUGAAAGGCUACUCCUUUGGCCAUCCAUCCUCAGUUGCUGGUGAAGUGGUUUUUAAUACUGGCCUGGGAGGGUACCCGGAAGCUCUCACUGACCCUGCCUACAAAGGACAGAUUCUCACAAUGGCCAACCCUAUUAUUGGGAAUGGUGGAGUGCCGGACACUUCCGCACAGGAUGAACUUGGACUUAGCAAAUAUUUGGAGUCUGAUGGAAUUAAGGUUGCAGGUUUGCUGGUGCUGAACUACAGCAAGGACUACAACCACUGGCUGGCUACCAAGAGCUUAGGGCAGUGGCUGAAGGAGGAAAAGGUUCCUGCAAUUUAUGGCGUGGAUACAAGAAUGCUGACGAAAAUAAUUCGGGAGAAGGGUACCAUGCUUGGGAAGAUUGAAUUUGAAGGUCAGCCUGUGGAGUUUGUGGAUCCAAAUAAACAGAAUUUGAUUGCUGAGGUUUCAACCAAGGAUGUCAAGGUGUAUGGCAAAGGAAACCCCACGAAAGUGGUAGCUGUAGACUGUGGGAUAAAAAACAACGUCAUCCGCCUGCUAGUAAAGCGAGGAGCAGAAGUGCAUUUAGUUCCCUGGAAUUAUGACUUCACUCAGAUGGAGUAUGAUGGGCUUCUGAUUGCGGGAGGACCUGGGGACCCCACUCUUGCACAGCCACUAAUUCAGAAUGUGAAAAAGGUUUUGGAGAGUGAUCGCAAAGAGCCAUUGUUCGGGAUCAGUACGGGAAAUCUAAUAACAGGGUUAGCUGCCGGUGCCAAAUCCUACAAGAUGCCCAUGGCCAACAGAGGGCAGAAUCAGCCUGUUUUAAACAUCACAAAUAGACAGGCUUUCAUUACUGCUCAGAAUCACGGCUAUGCUCUGGACAACACCCUCCCUGCUGGCUGGAAACCACUUUUUGUGAAUAUCAACGAUCAAACAAAUGAGGGGAUUAUGCACGAGGGAAAGCCCUUUUUCGCUGUGCAGUUCCACCCAGAGGUCAGCCCAGGGCCCACAGACACUGAGUAUCUCUUUGAUUCCUUUUUUUCAUUGAUAAAGAAGGGAAAAGGUACCGCUGUUACAUCUGUUCUACCGAAGCCAGCACUGGUUGCAUCUCGAGUUGAGGUUUCCAAAGUCCUCAUCCUGGGAUCAGGAGGUCUGUCCAUUGGUCAGGCAGGUGAAUUUGAUUACUCGGGAUCUCAAGCUGUGAAAGCCAUGAAGGAAGAAAAUGUCAAAACUGUCCUGAUGAACCCAAACAUUGCUUCAGUUCAAACCAAUGAGGUGGGCUUGAAGCAGGCCGACACUGUCUACUUCCUUCCCAUCACCCCUCAGUUUGUCACAGAGGUCAUCAAGGCAGAACGCCCCGACGGCUUAAUUCUAGGCAUGGGUGGCCAGACAGCUCUGAACUGUGGAGUGGAACUAUUCAAGAGAGGUGUGCUCAAGGAAUAUGGGGUGAAAGUCCUUGGAACUUCAGUGGAAUCCAUUAUGGCCACAGAAGACAGGCAGCUGUUCUCAGACAAAUUAAAUGAGAUUAACGAAAAGAUUGCUCCAAGUUUUGCAGUGGAAUCGAUUGAGGAUGCCCUAAAGGCAGCAGACACCAUCGGCUACCCUGUGAUGAUCCGUUCUGCUUAUGCACUGGGUGGGUUAGGCUCAGGCAUCUGUCCCAACAAGGAGACCUUACUGGAUCUCAGCACGAAGGCCUUUGCUAUGACCAACCAGAUUUUGGUGGAGAGAUCAGUGACAGGUUGGAAAGAAAUAGAAUACGAAGUAGUCCGAGAUGCUGAUGAUAACUGUGUCACUGUCUGUAACAUGGAAAAUGUUGAUGCUAUGGGCGUACAUACAGGGGAUUCGGUUGUUGUUGCUCCUGCCCAGACACUGUCCAAUGCAGAGUUUCAGAUGCUGAGACGUACUUCGAUAAAUGUUGUGCGCCACUUGGGCAUUGUGGGUGAAUGCAACAUUCAGUUUGCCCUUCACCCUACCUCAAUGGAAUACUGCAUAAUUGAAGUGAAUGCCAGACUUUCCCGAAGCUCUGCCUUGGCCUCAAAGGCUACUGGCUACCCAUUAGCAUUCAUUGCAGCAAAGAUCGCCCUAGGAAUCCCACUUCCAGAAAUCCAGAAUGUUGUAUCCGGGAAGACGUCAGCUUGUUUCGAACCUAGCCUGGACUACAUGGUUACCAAGAUUCCUCGCUGGGACCUUGAUCGUUUUCAUGGAACCUCUAGCAGAAUUGGCAGCUCUAUGAAAAGUGUAGGAGAGGUCAUGGCUAUUGGCCGCACGUUUGAGGAGACUCUCCAGAAGGCUCUCCGGAUGUGUCAUCCAUCUGUAGAUGGUUUCACUUCCCGUCUCCCAAUGAAUAAAGAGUGGCCGUCUAACCUGGACCUCAGGAAGGAGCUCUCUGAUCCAUCCAGCACGCGCAUCUACGCCAUUGCCAGGGCCUUGGAAGACAACAUGUCCCUUGAUGAGAUCGAGAAGCUCACAUCCAUUGACAAGUGGUUUUUGUAUAAGAUGCGUGACAUUUUAAACAUGGAAAAGACACUGAAAGGGCUCAAUAGUGAGUCAAUUUCUGAAGAGACUCUGAGGACGGCGAAGGAGAUCGGCUUCUCAGACAAGCAGAUCUCAAAAUGCCUGGGACUGACUGAGGCCCAGACAAGGGAACUGAGACUGAAGAAAAACAUCCAUCCUUGGGUUAAACAGAUUGAUACACUGGCUGCAGAAUACCCAUCUGUAACAAAUUACCUGUAUGUGACCUACAAUGGUCAGGAGCAUGAUAUCAAUUUUGAUGAACAUGGAAUGAUGGUGCUAGGCUGCGGUCCAUAUCACAUUGGCAGCAGUGUAGAAUUUGAUUGGUGUGCUGUCUCUAGCAUCCGCACGCUGCGUCAACUGGGCAAGAAGACAGUGGUGGUGAAUUGCAACCCUGAGACUGUGAGCACUGACUUUGAUGAGUGUGACAAACUGUACUUUGAAGAGUUGUCUUUGGAGAGAAUCCUAGACAUCUACCAUCAGGAGGCAUGCAGCGGCUGCAUCAUAUCAGUUGGGGGUCAGAUUCCAAACAACCUGGCAGUCCCUCUGUACAAGAACGGUGUCAAGAUCAUGGGUACGAGCCCACUGCAGAUCGACAGGGCUGAGGACCGUUCCAUUUUCUCAGCUGUCUUGGAUGAGCUGAAUGUGGCUCAGGCACCGUGGAAAGCUGUGAAUACUUUGAAUGAAGCACUGGAAUUUGCAAAAUCUGUGGGCUACCCCUGCUUGUUGAGACCUUCCUAUGUAUUGAGUGGGUCUGCCAUGAACGUGGUGUUCUCCGAGGAUGAGAUGAAAAAGUUCCUGGAGGAGGCCACCAGGGUCUCUCAGGAACACCCAGUGGUGCUGACAAAGUUUAUAGAGGGAGCCCGGGAAGUAGAAAUGGAUGCUGUUGGCAAAGAUGGAAGGGUUAUCUCCCACGCUAUCUCUGAACAUGUGGAAGAUGCAGGCGUCCACUCAGGAGAUGCCACUCUGAUGCUGCCCACACAAACCAUCAGCCAAGGAGCCAUUGAAAAGGUGAAGGAUGCCACCCGUAAGAUCGCAAAGGCUUUUGCCAUCUCUGGCCCGUUCAAUGUCCAAUUUCUUGUCAAAGGAAAUGAUGUCUUGGUGAUUGAGUGCAACCUGAGAGCUUCUCGAUCCUUCCCCUUUGUGUCCAAGACCCUUGGGGUUGACUUCAUCGACGUGGCCACAAAGGUGAUGACUGGGGAGCAAAUUGAUGAGCAACAUCUUCCAACGCUGGAGCGUCCCAUAAUUCCUGCCGACUACGUUGCAAUUAAGGCCCCAAUGUUUUCCUGGCCUCGGCUGAGGGAUGCUGACCCCAUCCUCAGAUGUGAGAUGGCUUCCACCGGAGAGGUGGCUUGCUUUGGAGAAGGUAUUCACACAGCCUUCCUAAAGGCAAUGCUUUCUACUGGGUUUAAAUUACCUCAGAAAGGUAUCCUGAUUGGAAUCCAGCAAUCAUUUCGUCCAAGAUUCCUUGGUGUGGCGGAACAACUACACAAUGAAGGUUUUAAGCUCUUUGCCACAGAAGCCACAUCCGAUUGGCUGAAUGCCAACAAUGUCCCUGCCACCCCAGUGGCAUGGCCAUCUCAGGAAGGACAGAAUCCCAGUCUUUCUUCCAUCAGAAAAUUGAUGAAAGACGGCAGCAUUGACCUUGUGAUUAAUCUUCCCAAUAACAACACUAAGUUUGUCCAUGAUAAUUAUGUGAUUCGAAGGACAGCUGUGGACAGUGGAAUUGCUCUCCUUACUAAUUUUCAGGUGACCAAACUUUUUGCUGAGGCUAUGCAGAAAUCUCGCAAUGUGGACUCCAAGAGUCUUUUCCACUAUAGGCAGUACGGUGCCAGAAAAGCAGCAUGAAGCAGACACCACAGUUCCAUUCUUAAAUCACCUGAGCCAUGUUUUACCUAAAGGAAAUGAUUCCUGACUUUGUUUCCCACAGAUGAAUAUUGAUAUGAAACUUUAUUUGAGUUCACUCUAUAGUACCUUAUUCUGUAUCUUUCACAAAUAAAUUGUCAGUCACUUUUGCAAAAUCUUAUUUAGAGUCCUUCUUAAGUAGCGCAUUCUUCAGGAAUUUUCACCCAUUUAUUAAUUCUUUAUAUUUAGUGAUCUAGGCUUAUCUGUGGACUUACUUAGAGUUAACAUUGUAUGGUGCUGAUUAAUGAUGAUCAAGAUAGAAAUGCUGCUAUUCUGUCUUCUGAACUCUCUGUGCUUUAAACACACUUUUGUCAUUGCUUUUAAAUGGUAUCUGCCACACCGAGGUCACAUUCAGGGCAGAGUACUAUAAAAUUUGGUAAAAUGAAAUAUAGAUUUAAUUUAUGAACUUUUCCAUUAUGUUUGUAUAUUGCUUUUGAUAAUUAUUCUCACCUGUCUCUGAAAAAGUAAUUCUUCAGUCCAUGAUACUGAAUUUGACAAAUAUGACAAGAGCUUUAGAUUAUAGAUUUUUAUACAGGAUCCUUUUUCCAGGUUUGUUUUAUGGGAGAAUGUUGGCAGAUGGUAGAAAACACUGAGUAGUUAUAUUCUUCUUUGUUUCCUUUGAAUUUUAUCCUGGGCCAAGUGAAAUCUUUAGAUUUGCGCCAUUCACUCUCUUUGCUAAUUUUGCAAUAACUUGGAAGUCCUAGUAAUUCCCUACAGAUGAUAGAUUUUGUUGAUCUACUGAGUCUUACAGGGCACAUGCUAAAUUCUUUUGUGUUUCCAGAAAAGUUCUUUCAGGGCAGCCUUUGUUGCUUUUAAAUGUUUUGUGUUAUUACAAGUGCUCUAAUUGUGAACUUUUUAAUAAAAUAAUAUUAAGAGAUAA